GGCAUGCAGCGCCGCCUGUCGCCCGGCGACGGCCUCCUGCGGUGCUCCCUCGACCCGUCGUCUCGCGCCCACCUGUCGGACGUCCAGUUCUCGUACCCGCUCAAGGUCAUCGUCCCGGCAAGAAGGUUCCUCCCGCGAGUCCAGUGCGCCUACAUCAUCGGCUACGGCGGCGGGCUCGUCGCAGGCGACCGGGUCCGGCUCAAGGUCGAGGUUGAUCAAGGCGCCACGCUCGUCCUCCUCACCCAAGGCUCGACCAAGGUGUUCAAGGUCCGCCCCGGUCGCUACCUGAACGCUCCAACCCUCUCCGAGACGAGCACGACCCAGCAGCUCUUCCGCCUCUCGGUCGCCCCCUCCUCGACCCUCGUCCUCCUCCCCGCACCCGUCACCUGCUUCUCGCGCGCUCGGUACACCCAGCGGCAGGUCGUCCGCCUCGCCGACGCAUCGAGCAGCCUCGUCCUCCUCGACUGGUACACCUGCGGGCGCAUGGGCAUGGCGGCGGGCGCGGGGCACGGGCAGGACGGCGUCGAGGGCGGCGAGGAGUGGGAGUUCGAGCGGUACCGGAGCGAGAACGAGGUGUGGCUCGGCGGGAGGCGCAUCGCCAAGGACGUCUUGCUCCUCGAGGACGAGCUGCCACCACCACCAGGCGCCGCCGACGACCCAUCCACCUCUCGCGACCCCGACGCGCACGAGCCCUCCGCGCGCACGACGACGUACCGCCCUCGCGUCGCGCCCUACUCGUGCUACGCGACCCUGUUCCUCUUCGGACCCUCGUGUGCCGCCCUCCUCGCCUCGAUCGAGGCCGAGUUUGCCGCCCUCGUCCAGCACAAGCAGCCCGCGCCCUUUUCGCUCGUUUGGUCCUUCUCGCCGUUGGCGCUCUCUGGCGGCCUCAAGGGCGGGAUCGCAAGGUGUGCAGGCGACUCGACCGAGGCGGUCAGGGAGUGGGUCACGCAUGUGCUCGGGCAAGGAGGGAUCGAGGACCUCGUCUCGAGGGACUUGUGGAAGGGCGCGUUCAGCUAGACCAGUAGACGUCUCGGUGUUGCAAUAAUACUCGCAUCUCGCU